UUUAAGAGGUCUAUAAAGAGCAAGAGAACAGAUGAUAUUUGCACGCAGUACAUGGCUGUACAUUAUUACAGGCGGUUCCGCUUGAAGCCCUUUACUUAUGAUGGAGAAAGACUUGCUCAGUUUCUACAGGACAUUAAAGCUGUGUAUCCAGGCCAUGGAAAAGUCGGCCUUGAACUUAAAAUGUUGGACGAACCAACAUCAGAAAGCGAAGGAAUUGAGGACCUGAUGCCUCCAAAGAAAUCAGCCCGACAAGAUGAUGAUAUACCAUUCAUUCAGGAAGAUGAUGAUAAAUGGGAAUUCAACCAAAAAACAGAGCCCAGAAAACAAAAGGAUGGAAAUGUUGCGAAAAUGUUGCAUAUCUUUUACAGAAAGAGCUGCAGAUCCAAAAUGUCAUGAAAUACUAUGACAGAGGUAAGACAAAAUUUUAACCAUUCACAGCUUAUGUUUCAAAUUAGUGCUUCACUUUAUUUUAAUACUACUCCUUCAGUAAAAGCAACUGUAAAAUUUAUUUAGUUAUUAUUAGUAUAAGUUUACCUACUUAUUUUUCAGUAAAAAAAACUUUAUUGCAAAUUAGGUAAUCCAAAAAAAUAAAUAAAAGAAAGAAGAAAACUAAUUUUGACAGAUAAAUUGACAAACAUAGAGGUGAGUUGAUUAAUUUAAAGGUUUCCAGCCUACUUCUUACCAGAAAACAUUUUAUUGUUAAGGAUAAUUUAUCACCCCUUUCAGGUAAAGAAUAUUGCA